AUGAAUUCCCGUGUCUGGGUUUGCCCACUGACAGUGGAAUGUGACACCUGUGUGGUUCAUCAUACCAACAGGCCGACAGCCACAAGCAUGAUGAGGGGAAGUGAUUAUCUCCAGAACAGUCUGCAACAGAAAAAGCUGAUCCCACCAACAAGAGCAGUGAAAAACCGAGUGUUCCUGAUUGAAAGCUUUGGAGCAAAGUAUGAUUCUGUUGAGCGUAACAAAAACUAUAGAUUUAUGAGGCACGUUUUAUGUCGUUUUGCAUCACCCAAAGGCAACUAUCCCUUCAUUGGGUAUCAAUAUCCACUGGUUUUAUCAGAACGUAUUUCGUAA